AUGGCUCGCUUUCAGUUCGCUCUCGCCGCCAUGCUUGCUCUUGCUGCCAACAGCGCUAACGCCUUCACUGUUGGUUCGCCUUCUGGUAUCGCUGCCGGCACCACUGGCGGAGCAGGCGGCAAGACCGUGUACCCGACCUCCAACAGUGAGCUGGUGAACUAUCUCGCCUCGAACGACCCUCUUGUUAUUGUGCUAAACAAGACUUUCGACUUCCGUGGCACUGAGGGCACCACUACUGAGACGGGUUGCAGACCCGAUUACACUCGCGAGUGUAUGGCCAAGAAGAACGGCUACAAGAGUCAAGAUGUGAUCAUCUCGGGUGGAAGCAUGGCCAACACUGGCGGUUGCACCGGUGGCACCGAGGUCAAGAUCACCUACGACAACGCCGCUCGCAAGCGCAUGACUGUGACGGGCAACAAGACCAUCCGUGGCAUUGGUAAGAGCGGUGUCAUCAAGGGCAAAGGUCUGAUGCUAGACGGUGACAACAUCAUUCUGCAGAACAUCCACAUCACAGAGCUGAACCCGCACGUGGUAUGGGGCGGUGACGCAAUCUUUAUGCAGGGUAAGCAAGCCACCACUCCACUCAACAAGAUUUGGCUCGACCACAUCAAGGUGUCCCGUGUCGGCCGUCAAAUGGUUGUCACGAACAAGGCUGGUGUGGCCUCGAUGACCAUCAGUAACUCCGACUUCGACGGAAACACCGAGUACUCUGCGACGUGUGACGGACACCACUACUGGACCUUCCUGUUCUACGGUAAGAACACUGGUGUCAGCAUGCUCAACAACUACGUGCACGGCACCUCCGGCCGCUCGCCUAAGAUCGGUGGCAACCCGAACGAGCGCGUCGUCGUGCAUGUGGCUAACAACUACUGGGGCAACAACACGGGCCACUCGUUCGAACUCGGUGCCAACGGGUAUGUUCUGGCCGAGGGCAACUACUUCGACAACACCAAGCAGCCUCUAUUUGCUGGUUCGGACGGCUCUCUUUAUGCUGCGACCAACAGCGAUGAAUGUUCCAAGUACCUGGGGCGUUCAUGCGCGGCUAAUACGCUCGUUGACAGCGGCACUUUCGCGUCUCGUAACGGUGGGAACGCGCUUAAGACGAUCAAGGGUGUCUCUACUGUCGUGAAUUACAAGCCGGAUAUCACCGAGACGACGACUGGUUCCCAGCAGCAGCAGCAGUCAUCCAAGUCAGACGGAUCGCAGCAAGAGCAGCCGUCCCAGUCGAGCGGAUCGCAGCAGAAGCAGUCGUCGCAGACCAGCGACGACUCGGAGCAGCAGGCUUCCCAGACGGGCGGAUCGGCCCAAGAGGAGUCUUUUGUUACGAGUGGAUCUGAGCAGCAGCAGGUUCAGCAAGAGCAGCAGUGGGGUGGCUCGCUGCCGUACCAUGGUGGCUCGGAGCCGAAUUUCGGAUCUCAAUCUAGAAAGCUGGCCGAAACGAAAAACUUGGAGAACGAGUGGAAGCAGACCACGGGCAACUUCGGUGUUGGCAAGCUGGACUAA